CCCUCGUGCAUUUUAAUAAUUUAAUGACUUUCAUAAAGCGGUCAAACUCAUUUGUACUUCUAGGUUUUUUAAUCUCGAGUUUGCUAUUAAGGGUCUCCGAAGCGUCCGUUGUUUCAUCCGGAGAUUUUAAUAUUGACUUCCUCGUGACAUGGUCUCCAACCCACGUUAACACCUAUAGCGAUGGUCGAUCAAGAACUCUUAAGCUUGAUCAAGAAUCUGGAGCUUCCUUUUCUUCCAUCCAGACAUUCUUGUUUGGGAAAAUAGAUAUGAAGAUCAAACUAAUCCCUGAACCUUCUCAAGGAACCGUGGUUGCUUAUUAUAUGUCCUCGGACCAGACAAACCGGGAUGAGAUAGACUUUGAAUUCCUAGGAAACGUGAACGGGCAGCCUUAUAGUCUUCAGACAAAUAUCUAUGCCGAUGGGGUUGACAAUCGUGAAGAAAGGAUCCAUCUCUGGUUUGACCCAACCAAGGAUUUUCACACCUACUCCAUCUUGUGGAACGUUCACCAAAUUGUGUUUAUGGUGGAUCAAAUUCCAAUAAGAGUUUACAGAAACAAUUCAGAGAAAGGAGUAGCUUAUCCAAGGUUGCAACCUAUGAGUAUAAAAGUGAGUCUAUGGAACGGUGACAGCUGGGCUACAAGUGGUGGGCAUGCGAAAGUUGAUUGGUCAAAGGCUCCAUUUGUGGCAUCCUUUGGGGAUUACAAGAUAGAUGCUUGUAUUUGGAAAGGCAACCCAACCUUGUGUAAAGAAGAGAGCAAUGAAAAUUGGUGGAACAAAAAUGAGUUCAGUUCUUUGACAAGAGUGCAAAAGAGAUGGUUUAAGUGGGUGAGAAAUUACCAUUUGAUUUAUGAUUAUUGCCAAGAUUAUGCAAGGUUCCAUAACAAGCUCCCCAAGGAAUGUUCUCUUCCUAAAUAUUAAAGAUUGAAUUUUUUUAUAUAUUUUUUAUUUUAUUUUGACAUCAAUAAGCUGAUCUAUUACUCAAACUUGAGGUGAUCUGAGAAUCUAGACCGGAAUAGAACAACCAAC